UCAAUUCACUGUCUAUACCUCACUCCUCCUGCUAACCUUUUCCCUCCAUCUCCGGCCCCGGCCGCCCCCCACCUCCCCGUGGACUCUCAGCAAAAAUUCAAGAAGAAAACAUGGAGUUGUUAGACAUUCUACUACUCGUCGUGGCAGCCGUCUUCCUCCGUCUGUGGUGGCGGUACUGGUCAGCCACGGGCGGAGGCUCAAGAAACCUCCCACCUGGGCCACCGGGGUGGCCGCUGGUUGGGAAUUUAUUCCAAGUCAUCCUCCAACGCCGCCAUUUCAUUUAUGUGGUGCGUGAUUUACGUGCAAAAUAUGGACCAAUUUUCACCAUGCAAAUGGGGCAGCGCACGCUCGUGAUCAUCACUAGCUCUGAGCUCAUUCACGAAGCACUCGUACAGAAAGGGGCGCUGUUUGCGAGUCGGCCUCCGGAUUCCCCCAUCCGGCUCAUAUUCAGUGUUGGGAAAUGCGCCAUCAACUCGGCCGAGUACGGCCCUCUGUGGCGCUCCCUCCGCCGCAACUUCGUGACGGAGCUGAUAAACCCUACGAGAAUCAAGCAGUGCAGCUGGAUCAGAAACUGGGCUAUGGAAAACCACAUGAAGCGGCUUCAAGAUGAGGCUUCUCGAGUGGGCUACGUGGAGGUGAUGAGCAACUGCAGGCUCACCAUAUGCAGCAUUCUUAUUUGCCUGUGCUUUGGCAUAAAGGUUUCUGAGGACCGCAUCAAAGUCAUUGAAAGUGUGUUAAAAGACGUCAUGCUGAUGACGACGCCGAAGCUGCCGGACUUCUUGCCAGUACUGACGCCGCUGUUCCGCCGCCAGGUGAAGGCAGCGAAGGAGCUGAGGAGGAAGCAGUUGGAGUGUUUGGUUCCGUUGAUUAGGAACAGAAAGGCAUUUGUAGAGAGUGGUGGAAACCCUAAGGCGACCACUUCAGAAAUGGCAAGCCCGCUGGGUGCGGCCUAUAUAGAUUCAUUGUUCGGGCUCGAACCACCAGGAAAAGGCAAGCUGGGGGAAGAAGAAAUGGUGACACUCUGUUCUGAAGCCAUCAACGCCGGCACCGACACCAGCGCCACCGCACUUGAAUGGGCUUUACUCCAUUUGGUUCAAGACCAAGAAAUUCAAGAAAAGCUCUACAAAGAAAUUGUUGGUAUCGUGGGCAAAAACGGGGUUAUUGCAGAGAGCGAUGUGGAGAAAAUGCCAUAUUUAGGAGCUAUAGUGAAAGAGACAUUCAGAAGACACCCACCCAGCCAUUUUCUGCUCUCACAUGCCGCCACAAAGGAGAUUGAGCUGGGCGGAUACACAAUUCCGGCAGACGUGAAUGUCGAGAUCUACACGGCGUGGUUGACGGAGGACCCUGAAAUGUGGGAAAACCCUAGUGAAUUCCGGCCGGAGAGGUUCUUGACGGGUGACGGCGUGGAGGUGGAUAUCACGGGGAUGAGAGGAGUGAAGAUGCUUCCAUUCGGGGCGGGUCGGAGGAUUUGCCCCGCCUGGAGUUUGGGCACAUUACACGUGAAUUUGCUGCUGGCGAGGAUGGUGCAGGCGUUCAAGUGGAUCCCCAUUCCAGAUAACCCGCCCGACCCGACUGAGACAUUUGCAUUCACUAUUGUCAUGAAGGAUCCCCUUAAAGCCAUAAUUCUGCCCCGGGCAAAGAUUUGAAUAAUUGAAUGCUUCGACUGUGCAAGCCACGUGAACGCAUCCCAUCCCAUCCCACUAUAUUAAUUAAAACACUAUAUUUGUUUCUUUUUCAGUUUCGGCUUUUCAAAGUAAGUGCUCUUUCUAGCAUCAUUCCCUAAUCACCACUACCCCCUAAAUCUCAUGAUUUUCCCUAUCUAGACCAAUUGUUAAAGUUGCUCAAUUACCUUAUUAUAUAUAUUACAUAUUUUCCCCGCCCACAAAAAUCGUAAUUAAUCACCACAUCUUAUAA